CCCUAGGCUUGAAGUUUUGAUCUUCCUGCUUCAGCUUCCCAAACUUCUGGAAUUACAGAUGUGAACCACCAUGUGUAGCUGAACCUUGCUUUUAAUCUAAACACCGACUAGGAAAUUGAGUGUGGCUCACCUUGUGUUUCUUAGAAUCCCAGUGAUGGCUAAGGGCUCAACUACGUGAGGAGAAGAAGCUGUCUCUGUAUAUUUUAUUCUUUCUAUUAAUUUUCACUGCUGUUGCCACUGUCAGCCACCUAGAUAUAUCAGGCACUAUGCUAAGUGCUUUACAAACAUUAGGUCAUUUAAUUACAGCAAACGAAACUCCACAUUUCUAAAAAAGGAGCUUGAGAAGUCUAUUGCAAAAUGGGCUUGAAGCUACAUUGUCAUUUCACAGGACAUUGAGGACAAGUCCAUUACUGCAUCAGAGAACACUGACUGAUAUCUUUCAAGUCACUUAUAGACACACAUUUGCAAAAACUAUUCUCUAGAAGGUGCUUUUUUUAAGGGAGAGGGUAGUACUAGGGAUCAAACCCAGGGUGCUCUAACAGCCUCUUUUGUUUUGAGACAGGGUCCAAGAUUCCAAGGAUGGCCUUAAACUUGCCACCCUCCUGCCUCAGCCUCCCAAGCUGGGAUUACAAGCAUGUGUCACUUCACCUGGCCUGAGUAUCCCUUUUCUUGAAUCUCUUUGGCCAUGUCACUCUGGCCUCCUAAGAGCCCAUUCAUUUGGAGAACAUGAGACACCUUCAGGGCACCUGCCAACCUGAUCCAAGGAACAUUUUCAGUUAAAGAAACCCAUGAGUAAUUUGUGAGUGUGCCAUGCUAGAUCUUAAACCAGGGCCUUUCUCAUGUUCAGCAAGUGCUCUGCCACAGAGCUAUAUCUUCAGACCCUAAUAAAUAAAUUUUUAAGAAAUAAAAACUUUGUCUUUUUUUAAAAAAACUUACUUCAUUUUCUUCCUUAUGUUCUUUUCAUUUUCUUCCUUUCUCCGUCAGAAAAAAACUAAACCUUCUGUUUUGGGAAAUGAGUCAGUCAUUUUCUGCUUCCUACUUCUGUCAAAAACCCCAUUUACGCUCAGCAUAGCUGAGUGAGGGACAGGGCUGCGCUCACAGGAAGCCACACACUCUUCAAAGGCACCUGUGCUUCUCAGCCAGCUCAACGCUGCCUCGAAGACCCUCUCUAGAGCCUCCUUAGAAAAGCCAGACAGCCUCGAGGAGCCUGUAGAUUUAAAACAUGAACUCCACCGACUCAGCAGACACCACUGUGGAUGAAGCUAUCUAUAGCAAUUACUACCAGUAUGAAAACCUCCCCACGCCUUGCAACAAAGAAGGCAUCAAGGCUUUUGGGAAGCUCUUCCUGCCCCCUCUUUACUUGUUGGUCUUUCUGUUUGGUCUGCUUGGAAACUGCGUGGUGGUUCUGGUCCUGUUCAAAUAUAAGCGGCUCAGGUCCAUGACUGAUGUGUACCUGCUCAACCUUGCCAUCUCAGAUCUGCUCUUCGUGUUCUCGUUGCCGUUCUGGGGCUACUACUCUGCAGACCAGUGGGUCUUUGGGCUAGGUCUGUGUAAGAUGAUUUCAUGGAUAUACCUGGUGGGCUUUUAUAGCGGCAUCUUCUUCAUCAUGCUCAUGAGCAUUGACAGAUACCUGGCAAUUGUGCAUGCGGUGUUUUCUAUGAGGGUGAGAACCUUGACCUAUGGGGUCAUCACCAGCUUGGCUACAUGGGCCGUGGCAGUGUUCGCCUCCCUUCCUGGCCUUCUGUUCAGCACUUGUUACACCGAGCGCAACCAUACCUACUGCAAAACCAAAUAUUCUGCAAACUCCACCACAUGGAAGGUUCUGAGCUCUCUGGAAAUCAACAUUGUAGGACUGGUGAUCCCUUUGGGCAUCAUGCUGUUUUGCUACUCCAUGAUCAUCAGGACCUUGCAGCACUGUAAAAAUGAGAAGAAGAACAAAGCAGUGAAGAUGAUCUUUGCUGUGGUGGUCCUCUUCCUGGGGUUCUGGACACCUUACAAUGUCGUGCUCUUUCUGGACACCCUGGUGGAUCUAGACGUCCUUCAAGACUGCACCCUUGAAAAAUACCUGGACUAUGCUAUCCAGGCCACAGAAACCCUGGCUUUCGUUCACUGCUGCCUUAAUCCGAUCAUCUACUUUUUUCUGGGAGAGAAAUUUCGCAAGUAUAUUGUACAGCUCUUCAAAACCUGCAGGGGCCCUUUUGUGUCCUGCCAGUACUGUGCACUCCUCCAGAUUUACUCUGCUGACACACCUAGCUCCUCUUACACACAGUCUACCAUGGAUCAUGAGCUCCAUGAUGGUUUGUAGAACAUGAAAAUGCAAAGCACAAAGUUAAUGAGCUUCCCACUUUCAGAGCUUACUAAAAUUGUGUUUUUAGUAAGAGGUCCCUGAGUAGGUGUCAUGAGCAAGGCUGACGUGCUCAGCCAAAUGUGGGCCUCUCACCCUGCAGUCAGCUUUUCCUCUUCUGAUAGCCAAGUUCAGCCCCCAAAGGGCUUACCUGGUCUGAGUAGCUUUCUUCGCCCUAGGCCUAUCUGCAAGGAGAUGUAAUCUGAAGAGAAUGCCGAGCAGUUCUGAUGAGGAUAAAGAAAGUACUGAAAGAGAAAGACCAUUCCCUGUAACCCUGACUGAUGGGGCUCUCCAGUGGGAAAUAGACCCUCGAAUUUCUAGCUUUUGUGAAACAAUGUAGAAAACUUCGACAUGCUGUCCUAGUGUUUUACUUAUAUCUGAAGUAUGGCAUAUUCUGUGAAGCCAGUUGUAUAUAGGAACUAUUAGUGAAAUAAUGAACCUGUAUCUUGAUCCUUUUAUUGUAAAGGAUUUUUUUUUCCAGUACUGGGAAUCGAACUCAGGACCUUGCACUUGCCAGUAAGGCUCAGGGCCACUGAGCUACAUGCCGGUCCUAUAAAGGAUUACUUGUUAAUUGAAGGCAAACUUUCUCUGCUGAUUACAAGUGUAAGUAGAUCAAGACAUACCAUGGUCUGAUUUCUGCAGCAGGCAGCAGAACUACUGAGCUAAAUCCUCGGUCCACCAUGGUCUGAUUUCCAAAAAUAAAAUACAAGGCAUUUAAGAUCCACACGUAGGGCUGGGGAUUUAGCUCAGUGGUUCCGCCGCCUGUGUUGCAAGCACAAAGUCCCGAGUUUGAUCCCCGGUACCAAAAAAAUAAAAAGGAAGAUCCACACGUAUUUGUUGAAACUCCAACACAAUUUCACUUUUAUGUAGACAUUUUUUUGGUACCGGGGAUAAAACUCAGGACCUUGUGCUUGCGAGGCAGGCAGCAGCACCACUGAGCUAAAUACCCAGCCUGGUUUUAAUUAUUACAGGUGAACAUUCAAUUUUAAAAAUAAUAUACAGGGACCUAGGAGUAUCGCUCAGUAGCAGAACACUUGCCCGGCAUGUGUGAGGUCCUAUAACACAGGCUUAGAAGAUAUUUAUCUAGGUCUUUUACUUUAUAAACACAGCCUUCAAAUUUAAAAAUAAGGCCUACAGGGCUGGGGAUUUAGCUCAGUGGUUUCGCUGCCUGCUGUGCAAGCGCAAGGACCCAAGUUCGAUCCCCGGUACCAAAAAAUAAUAAUAAUAAUAAGGCCUACUAAUAAAGUAAAAUACCUCCCUAAUCAUUCUGAAGUGCCAUCAGUUAAGAAUAAUCAACUAAAAGUUAUUGCUGAUGUGGCAUGAAAAUGACUAUUAAAAACCAUGAAAUUAUAGAAGGAUUUGCUUUUCUAUUAAAAUACUGGCUCUGUGGGCUGGGGAUUUAGCUCAGUGGUUCUGCCACCUGCCUCACAAGCGCAAGGACCCGAGUUCAAUCCCCAGUACAAAAAAAAAAAAAAUACUGGCUCCGUGAGACCUAGUCCCUCCAAAACCAGAACCUUGCUAGCUUUUGAGUUAAAUGCUUUUGUUAGAUUUACAUAUUACUGCUUGCUCUGUAGUUUCAAAGAUUGCAAUUCUAGAAAAUUUACUUUCAGAAAAGUGGUUUUAAGAGGGAAAGUUGCUAUUACCUUCACAGAAAAUAAAAUAAGGGCCGGGAUUUAGCUCAGUGGUUCUGUUGCCUGCCUCACAAGCACAAGGUCCCAAGUUCGAUCCCUGGCACCAAAAAAAUAAAAAAGUAAAAUAAAGUGAAUUUGUAUAUAGCCCCACAGCGCCAGCUUUUCUCCUGAUCAUGUUUGUGUUUGAUCUCACAAUGUAGAAGAGUCGAACCUGCUCAUCUGUCCAUUGCUUGGCCAUGUGUUGUAGACGUCAUGGAUUCACCCAAGGGGGGGAAUCAAAGGUUUUGCUGUAACAGUUCACCUGGGGUGGGAGAAGGACUCACGUCAUGUCAUAAGCUGCUAGGCAGUGUUUCCUGAGAAAACCUCUGGGUGAUAUCCUGGGAUCCCCAAAUCCUAGCCCUGUGUUCUUUGUGAGCCUGAGCAUGUUACUUUGGUCUCUUAGCUGCAGUUUCCUCAUCUAUAAAAUGGAAUAUAUUUCAGAGUGAUUUAAGUAAAUAAAUGGUUAAUGCAAAGUGUCUAUUUUCUAGGUCCUAGACAAAGAGGGGCUUCAGAAUUGCUCAACUAGAGGCUACCUUCCCUUUUCUGGUACAGCUUGUCAUUUUGAUCAUUUAAUCACAGUGACACAGAAAUAGCACCAACAGACAGAGACUGGCCAGAGGGGUUUCCUUUCCCCUCACUCUCUGGCACACACAGCACUAAGCUGUGGUGAGGGGCUGCUGGCUCCCAACCCUCCAUCACAGCGUGGGGUCUUCCAUGGCCUCAAGCUCCUCAGCCUGCCCUUGUUCCAAAGUUGGGGGAUGUCCCCUCAACGCAGGAAUUCAGGACCUCUGGUUACAUCCAGAUAUCACCCUCUCAGAACACUAAAAGUCUUUCUUCCCACUCAGUAGCCCAGCUAUAGAAAAUAAGCCAGCGGGAUUUCUGCACAAAGGUGGCUUUCACGACACUUUCAGACAUUAGAGCCAUCUCUCCUUGUUAAACUGCUAACUUCUGGGGAACACAGACCAGGUGUGAUAUGUAUUAGAACAACAGAAACACAUUUGCUCGUGAAUGACAAAUGUUUUGGAACAGGAUAGAAAUGAUGACUACAAGAUAUUGGGAAUGGACUGAAUACUGAUAAAUUGUAUGCAUCAAAAUGGUUCUUUUAUGUGGUUUGUAAAAACAACAAAGAGGCCAGGUAUGGCAUAUGUCUACAAUCCCAGCGCUUGGGAAGCUGAGGCAGAAGAAUCACUACCAGUUCAAGGCCAGCCUGAAGUACAGAGUGAGACCUUCUUUCAAAAAACAAAACAACCAAAAAAAGGACAAUCAAAAAUAGCCUCACCAAUAGCUGUUCAAUUGUAGAUGCUCAAAUCCUAUUAAAAUUAAUUU